GUCGUCUGUCAAAGUAACGUCAAAUGUUGUGUAAUGUUAGAACAAUUUAACCUCAAAAUAAACUUGAAAUCGAUGUAAAUACCCAUAAAAUAAAUAAAACAUGACCGGCAGGCUCAUAAUUCGGUCACUAUACACGAACUUUACACAACAUUUUCCCUUAAAUAACAACACAGUAUGCAAAAAUAGGAUAUUAGUCAGUGUAUUCAAUGUAAACUUUUCUACUAAACCUAAAAGUGGUUUUGUGGAGAAAAAGCACUGUAAUGUAGGCACUAUAGGGCACGUAGACCACGGAAAAACAACGCUGACGGCCGCUAUAACCAAGGUAUUAGCAAACGAUGGGCUAGCACAGUAUGUUUCUUAUGACGAGAUUGACAAGGCACCAGAGGAAAAAGCUAGAGGUAUAACAAUAAAUGCAGCUCAUGUUGGAUAUUCAUCAAAACUCCGUACGUACGCACAUACAGACUGCCCUGGACACGCUGAUUAUAUACGAAAUAUGAUAUCUGGAGCGUCACAGAUGGAUGCUGCUGUAUUAGUUGUAGCUGCUAAUGAUGGACCAAUGCCACAAACGAGGGAACAUUUACUGCUAGCGAAACAAGUCGGCAUUCAGCACAUACUGGUGUUUAUAAACAAAGCAGAUUUAGUUGAUGAUGAGUUAAAGGAAUUGGUAGAGAUAGAAAUGCGGGAACUGCUCACAGAUUUUGGAUACGACGGGAACACAGUGCCUAUUAUUUGUGGAUCAGCUUUGAAGGCGUUGAAUGGAGAUGAAUCAGAAUAUGGUGCACCAUCAAUAAGAAAGCUCUUGGACACAAUGGACUCCUACAUCCCUCCCAUAGUGAGGGAUCUGACUUCCCCCUUCCUGAUGCCCAUAGACAACGCAUUCACAGUGCCCGGCAGAGGGACAGUGGUUGUAGGUACCAUAAAACGCGGCAUUAUGAAGAAAAAUGAUGAAGCGGAUCUACUGGGUUUCGGAUACAAUAUCAAAACUACGCUUUCCGAUAUACAAAUUUUUAAGAAAAGUGUUUCUGAGGCGUUGGCCGGCGAUAAUGUCGGCGUACUUCUUCGAGGCAUGAAGAUCAAGUCGGUAGAAACAGGAAUGCUUCUGAGCGCUGCCAAAAGCCUUCAGAUGAGCAACCACUACAAGGCCAAGAUAUACUUCCUCACACGAAGCGAGGGAGGAAGGAAGAAGCCCAUAUUCUCAAAAUAUUCACAACAAAUGUAUAGCGGAACGUGGAAUAUUGCGUGUCGAAUUGAUUUGGAUCCGUCGCAGCAUAUGAUGAUGCCCGGAGACCAUGGGGAAGUGUACCUUACGUUAUUAGAAGACAUGGUUAUGACGUUAGGCCAGCCUUUCACCAUCAGAGAGAAUAACGUGACGGUUGCGACAGGAAUAGUGACGGAUACGCUGAAGUCUAUAGAUGUACCGAAGGGGAAGUUGGGGAAAGUAGUUAUGAAUUAUGAAGUGUAAAUAUUAUAAUGAAGAUAUUGAAUAAAUGUUAAAUUAUUAAAAAAUA